GGGCUCGGCAUAUAAGUAGCGGAGAUGAUCGACGCUUUGCGUGAAGGUUGUGUGGAAUCGGUAAGGAGUCGACGCCUGUGGCAGUUUGCGGGGACAGUUUUAUUGACCGUCGGAAGACACCUGCAGACGAUCAGCAUGUGGCGUCGUUUGUCGACGUUUUCCGCUGCUUUAUUGAUGCUGGCUUCAGGCCCCUCCGACGUCCACUGCUCUCGAGACGGAUUCAACAUUUACAAAGAUAUGCUGCGAGGUAAAAUCGAGGGGGCGGAAGACGUCUCCAGCAUUCCAAAGUUAUUCUUCUACCGCACUCCGUUACUGGGCCAGCAGAGCGACGGUCGUGAUUACGUGGUGGACCGAGAUGCUUUGCAGGAUACUCUGCUGGCGGUCGAUACAGACGCAGGUGCAGAGGACAGCCCCAAAAGCGGCUUCCUCAGGGACAGAUUCCCGCUGCCUCGAACCGCUGUUAAGAGGGAUACAGGACCACGAUAUAUAUAUAGAGUUGUUUCUUCUCACUGUUCCGAAAAACCAGACAUCCUUCAGCUGGUGGACCCACAGCCUUCAUUGCCACGAUGGGGAAGAGAGAUCGAAGUUUCUCCCAGAGUCGCCGUCAGCAGUGACAUCGCUGGUAAUUCCUCCUGUUAACUCUGUCGAGGCUUAAUUGCUGUUUAUGGCAGAAAGUUCUCGUCGUUUGCAUCUCCAGUAUUAUUUUGUUAGUGUUUUCAUUAAUCACCUGUUUGUAUGUUGCAUUAUAUAUUAAUUCCAUUAACUACAUAUCCGCAGGGAUGUUGUGUAAUUCAACUCUGUAAAGUGUAAAAUGCCUAUUAAAAUAAUGUGUUGUGACAGUCUUAAAUUACAACUAUUGUAAUUACUGUUGAGGUUAAUGACAUGUAUGUAGCAAUGUUAUGUAUGAAAUCGCACUAAAUUAGCAGAGACUUGGACAGGAAAUCUGCAGGCAAUAAAAAUAUAAAUUCAUA